ACAAAAACGUGUACACCAAGAAUGGUUGUUGUUUGCAACCACUUGUGCUUAAAUAAAAGCACUUUUUGGGGAAAAGUGAUUAGUAGUAAAAGUUUGUAGUGUUUGGUAAAAUAAGUGUUUUUUGUGUAAUAGAAAAAGUAAAAAGUAGAUUCUACACGAAAACCGAGAUAGUAAAAGUUGGUAGUGUUUGGUAAAAUAAGUGUUUUUUUUUUUUAAAAAAAAAAGCCAAAAGCACUUAUCAACAGAGAUUGCAAACAAAGCCUAUAUAGAUAAUGAAUAACUUUGGCGAGUGGCUAAUUCAGGAAUCUAAAAAAAAAUUACAUUGCAGGGGUCAAACCAUAAUACGGAGUAUAUCAAUAUUUUUCUAGAUUAAAAAAAUUUAUACAUACUAUAUAUAUGUACAUUGAAAUUUUUUCUUUGGGGGAAGGAGCCCUCUCCAGUCCCUCCAUGUCUCCACCCUUGACUUUGGCAUGACAAUAUUCAACUUAUACGAAGUAGUAAAAUUUAACUAGAACUUGACGCAACAACAAUAUCACUAAAAGACACCAUUGUAAGCGGCCCACGGGCCAAACAACUCCAACUAUCUUUUGUGCAAUUGGUGUCAAUUAAGGGUGGACAAACGUGUAUAGGAAGCGGGUCGGGCCGGAUAAUACAAGUUAGGUGCGGGUUAGGGCUACGUCCUAAUUUUAGAAAAGCCAAACAAGGCAGGCGGGUUAUUUACAACUUAGGAACUCAACGAGUCUUAAAAUAUGAAAAAAUUAGUACUUGGACCGACCUGUUUUAUAAUAUUGUAUUAAUUAACUCUAUUAUAUUUAAUAUGAUAGUAUAAUAUACUAACAACACAUGAAAACUCUUAAUGUUCCUGUGUCUAUUCAUUAUAUCUAUCAUCGAUCUUAAUAUUCAUAAAUCUCGACCUAUCAGUAUAUGAUUAUGUAUAGUUGUAUAACGGCGAUUUUGGAAUUUAAUCUUAUAAUUGUUGUUGUCGUUGUUGUUGUUGUUAUUGUAGAUGUUCCUCUUGAUAUUAAAGAAAUAUCCCUAAUUAGGAGUGAAAGAGUUCUGGAAUUCUAAAAUAAAGUUGUUAUAUUUUUAUUCCCUAAAUAGGAGUAAUUGUUGUCAAGCGUUGAAAAUGCUGCCAUUGUUGGCAAUAUAUUGUUAUGUUUAACGUUUAGUAAUGCCAACAUGGUAGUUUAUUUAUAGAAUGGCAGUAACAUACUUCAAUUUAAGAAAGAAAAACACAGUAGUCAUAUUUUGAAAUUCGUGAACGCUUUUACUCUCCUGUUUCAUGAAUUUUCCCUUAUAUUACUAUUACGGUUACUAUUAUCAUUAUUACUAUAACCAUUACUAAUACUAUUAACGACACUAUUACUAUUAUUGUUAUUAUUAAUACUAGUAAACUCACCCGUGCGAUGCACGGUUUGAGAUUUUUUUUUCAAAUUUAUGUGUGCUUAGUAAUUUCAAUCACAUUCAAUUGAUGACAACAUCUAUCUUUAUGUAAUGCUCAUAUAUAUCAAAGUAUUAAACGAAACACACUUAUAACAAUAUGGUCAAAAUGAGGGUACUAAGCAUUACUUAAAAGAUAAAAAAUAUCCAACAAAAACGUUGAAACCAUAACAUUAUAAAUAUGCAUUUAAUGUAAAUCUAAACAUUGUUAAACACUUCUUUGAAUACAACAUUCUGAGCCUUGUCAGUGUUUCCUUCAUAUUUAUCAACAAUUAGAAGGAUUAAUGCACGGUCAAUGUUUCUAAGGUAGAUUCUACCACAGCCAGUGUCUGUGCCAAAAUUGCACGGUUGCGCAAACAACUCAUAUCACCUGCAGAUUCAACAUAUUCCGAAAAUAUGCUUUCAACAUUCACAGCUAUAGGAUCUCCAUCUGUGCGUAUCAAUAGAUCUUCAGGAAUAAUACGAACAUGACCAUCAUUACUUUCACCCGCAACAGUGUCACCAAUGUUGGCAAUCCAAUUUGUAAAGACCUUCAAAUCGCAAGAAUAUGAUGGAUUAGUCUUGUUCCGGCCACAUAUAUGAUGAAUUAAUCGUCGCAUUGACUACAUCAUGUCUACUCACUCUCAUUAGGUAUCACCGGCAACACCUGCCGAAAAUCAAAGGUUUAUAUAAAUUAAUUGAAGGUAAAUUAUCUAUAAUGACUAAGUAAUAAUGUGACUAUAAAUUUACACGAAUUGCAUUUUUAGACGAAUUGUCUCUCCAAAUAGGUAAAAUAAGGGAGUAAAAUAUGUGAAAGUGUGUUAUGUCAUUCUUGAAUUAUACUUGAAUCUAAAUUUGUGGGAAAGUGUUCAAAUAACGUGCUUCUACUAUUUCUAAUAUUCAAGCAUGAUUGGGUCUGCUUUGUUUAAGUUUGGUUUGGUUUGAGACUGAAAUAAGUCUAAGUAUAAACAUCUCAAGUAAUAUGAUGACUAUGCAAUUAUAUGAAUUGCAUUUUUUACACGAAUUGCCGGGGUAAAAUGGCAAAUCAGGGGGUGUGCAAAUAUGUGCAAGUGUGUUAUGGCAUUAUUAAACAAUACUCAAAUAUGAUAAUUCUUCAAUUGGUCCUUAACCGGCUCUAUUCGAUCCUAGACCGAAUCCGAGCUAACGAAAGCUGACUCGAGCUAAAUGUAAAUGAAUUUUUUUCGAUCUCAGAUAUUUGAUAUCAUCGAAAAACCAUUAGAGACUGGACAGGUCCCAUCCUUAACGCCAUCAUCCAGAACCCCGACCAAUAAUGAUAUUAUGUCAAAUGUAUUAUUGAUUGAGGUUAAUUACAAUUAAAAUGCAUUUUAAAAUUUUGUACGGAGUAGUUGACAAAAAUUGGUAAAAGUAUAUGAGAGUUUAAGCUAUACAUUCAAGACUAAACGUUAAAAAGCCCAUUACACAGAUAUAACCCCAAAAAGUCACACCCCCUCAUUUAAAAGAUCACCACAUUAAGUUUUGACACAAUAUCUAAUGAGAAAAUAAUAAGGGUGAUGCAUAGUGUAAAUUAAGUAGGAGAGAAUCUGGAAAAGUAGAAAAUAAAAAAUAGAAAAAGUAAGAGUAACUUAGUAUUUUUAAAGAAAAAACUUUAAAAACUUUUAAAUACAUAUUAAAUAAGAAAUUGUAGCAAACUUUAAAAUACAGAGGAAAUGUAAUUUUUCAAAUGCACAAAAAAUAAAUUACAUAACUUAUUUAAAAAGAAAAAAUAGACAAAAUGGCAUUAAAAUAAAUUUGUUUUUCUUGAAAGGCAUUAAAAUAAUUAUUUUUGCAAAGGCAUUAAAAUAGAUUAUUAAAAAAUCACACCCCCACAUUUAUGAAAGAGUUAUAAACAUGUUUAGCAGCCACCAUAAAAACAACUAAUAUCACCCAAUGUUAUUAUAUUUGUAGUAUCACCAGUAUUCAGGUCCGGCCAGGCCUGACCACUCCCCCCGUCUGGCCUCCUCCACUUGGGGCCUUCCCGGUGAUAUUUUUUGCUCAAAUUUUUUGUGUAGGUUCCUCAUCAAGUCUAGUUCAUCCAUACCAAAUUUCAGCCAAAAAUUCAAUCGGGAAGGUUGUCAUAUGAUUUUUUCAAGUUAACUGGUCCGGAAUAUACAUAUUCCGGAAUAUACAUAUUCCGGACCAGUUAACUUGCAAAAAUCAUUUGACGACCUUCCCGAUUGAAUUUUUGGCUGAAAUUUGGUAUGGAUGAACUAGACUUGAUGAGGAACCUACAAAAAAUUUGAGCAAAAAAUACCACCGGGAAGGACCCCAAAUGGAGGAGGCCGGACGGGGCUCCGGCGAAAAAAUUUGUAAUGUUUUGAUAUAUUUUUUUAAUGCUACUAAAACUUUUAGUCAUGUUUAUAAACCUACCGCAAACCAAUUUAUUCCACAAGCUGUUAAUCUCGCCGAUGCUUUUAAAGAAUUUCAAAUUGCCGUUUUCGUUCAUUAUUUUUGUGAUCAUAUGAAGGAAAAGUUUUUAAAAUAUUAUGCGCAUAUUCCCCAUAUUUAUGGUAUUGCAUUUAUUCUCGAUCCUCGUUAUAGACUUGCUAAUUUGGAAGAUUGUUUCAACUUCUAUUAUCUUGCGUUUUUCGGUGAAUUUCCAAUGUAUGACGAUAACCCCAUAGAUCCGAAAACGGAAUACAACGAGGUUAGUACUUUAUUUUAUGCCUUAUUUAAUGAAUUUCGUGCACAAUAUAGCAACGCUCCCCCUCCCCCGUCACGAACAUCUUCAUCUAAAGGAAAAUCGAUUUUUAAAUCUGCAUUUGGCAAUCUUAUGAAAAAAACUAAAACAACUCACGUCACUGAACAAAGCGCAUUGAAUGAGAUUACUUUGUAUUUAACAUAUGAAGUUGAUUUUGAAGAAAAUGAUGACUUUGACGUUCUAGACUGGUGGAAGUCAAAAGAAAGAACGUUCCCGAUUUUAGCACGGAUGACUAAGCAAGUACUAUCAAUGCCGGUUUCAACAGUUGCGGUGGAACAAGAAUUUAGUUCGGCCGGCAACGUCCUAACGGCAUCUAGAUCGAGAUUGAGCGCGGAGUCUCUUGAGACGCUUAUAUGCUACCACGAUUGGUUGAAGGCCGCACGUAGAACUCAAGAAUUGAGCAUCACCCCCUCCCAAGAUUUUAUUGAUGACUCAACAACCGAUGGUGGCUCUACCUAUGCCGGAGAUUCCGAUUGAUUAGUAUUUUAGAAUUUAUUACAAAAUGUAUUUUAUAGCACUUGU